UCUGUGCCAUGGGGUGGCACCUGUUGCUGGGGAAAGGAAAGCAACCCGCAAAGGUCUCUUCCCCAGCCACAGCCAUGGAAGUCACAAGCCAGGAGACUCAAAUUUCAGUCCAGAUCCCUCCAGCAGAUCACGGUCAUAGUGCAAAAAUGGAACCAGCUCCAAAGGCAGAUGAGUUGGGACCAUGGAGAUAUGGCAGCAAAUAUUUUCUCAGAAGAUUGAGCAGAUGAAACCAGGAGACAGGUGGACUCUGAAGGCGGAUUAUAACCUUCAGUCCAACGACCUGGACCCUGGAUGGAAGCAAUUCCUGCAACAACAUGCGUUUGCCAGGUUUCAGUGCUCACAGUGCUGGCACAUCUGGCACUCGGCUCAGGUGAACAUUCUCUUCCACAUGCACCUGGACCGGAAGCAGAGAUGGGGCCAGGUGAAGAUGAAAAUCUUCAGACAAGAGUGCAAGAAGUGCCUUGUGCCGAAACUGGAACUGCCUGAAUUCAGCCAGGAGAACAUCGAGAGAGUCCUGGAGAACCUGAUGCUGAAGAUUCGCGGGAAAUGCUACAGAGAGGCCAUCAAUCCCCACGACCUGUCCAAGAUCAUUGUGGAAGCUCAGAUAAUGGGGCCGCAUGAUAGCUCCCACUGUGAAGCCUGCCGGCUGGGCAUCUGUUGCAUGAAAUAUGAAGCCCAAGCACCAGCCAGCACCUUCUUUAGGCCUGCUUCUCUAUUACCACGCAUCUUUCCUGCCCAGGAGGAAUGGAGCGAAGCAGAGACGGGGAGCGGCCGUGACUCGGGGAGCAGCUGUGACUGGCGGCGCUUCUGUUGCUACAGUUGUUGUUUGGUCAUAUUUUUGGCUGUGCUCAUUUUUGUUCUGCUUUAUUUCAGAAACAAGUAGUGGAAAUUCAACACUCAUACUUGUCCCUAAUGUAACUGAACUGUAAUAACCUGAUUAGUCUGUAUCCACAAUCUGUUAGUCUUCAAGGUGCCACCGAACUCCUUGUUGCUUUUGUAAUAACCUGAGUAAUAAUUGGGCUUGGAAAGAUUAAAUUUUUAUCUGUAAAUGUCAGGAAAUGUCAAUUUUCACCACACACACAUAAACCAACAUCAGUAAUUGAAAUUUACUGAUAGGCAAAGUAAGAAAAAGGCUGCUUGGGGCCUUGUUAGCAUUUGAUUUCAGGAUGCGUCAGACAUGUGUCUGACGAAGUGGGUAUUCACCCACGAAAGCUUAUACUCCAAUACUUCUGUUAGUCUAUAAGGUGCCACAGGACUCUUUUUACAGAUCCAGACUAACACGACUACCCCUCUGAUACUUGAUUUCAGGAUAUUUACUUGGUAUAUUUUGACGGGCGAUGUUGACAGUUUGCGCUUUAACGGUUAUAAAGCUUUAAUUUUUUGAAUCGCAACAUUGUCCGUCAUGAAGUAAUUAUUGUCUGACCCGCCCCCAACUGCCUGACCGCCUCCUAAUUUCCCACAACUAUGAACAUUUAAAUCAAUAAACAUUUGGAAAAAAACGCCUAACCCAUUUUUUUUUGCAGCUGUGAAAAUUUACAGAGAUAAAAAAAAAAAUGCUUAAAAAUAACCAUGGAUAUUUUCUGUUAAAAUUAUAUCAGUAAUCAAAUUCUGCCAAGCCUAGUAAUAAUAGAUAAUGUACCUGUAUAUGUAGGGUUGAAUGCGUGCAUUGGGCUGAGAGCUAGAAAAAUAUCUUUUUAUUGGCCAGCUGAGAACAUUUCAUCUAAGAGCCAUUGGGGGACGGUAGCUAUGGACCCCUAAGUUCCCUUUUUGCGUGGUCAGUUUUCAGAGUAGAACGGCUCUUUAAUUGCUGCAUAUGUUAUCUUCCCCAGGAUCCAGCCCUGGAUAAGCCGAGCAAUAGAACAGAAAGAUGUACGUCAGGCAAAAGACCUUUGAAUUCGCUCACCUGAUCCUAGGGAGUUCAAAGGAGUGUUUAGGGCUUCAUUGAUUCUUGAGUUGGUGGAACCCCUGCCCCUAGAUAGAGAACUUGGGCAUGAUUUUCUAAGCUGCCCGAGGACAGACAGCCUCCUGUUUAAAUAUCUAUGUAGCUGCAGUUGAGUCGGGAGGAGUCUAGAUACCCUCCGUGAUGCCUGUAAUUUUAGUGCCUGUAGACACAACGUUUCCUGCCUGCAAUUGGGAGGCUGUUUCACAACCUCAGGCCCUUUGCCUGUCAGGCUGAUUGGCCAGGCCUUGAGCCUUUAUAUUCAACGAGGGUUUGAUGCGUUCCCAUGAAACGUCCUGGAAACCUCUCCGUCCCACGGGCCAGCUGUUGUUGCCUGUCUGUGAUAAACUGCUCGGAAAGUCUGCUGCAAACCCCUGGCAAGUUCUUCUCUGCGUCCUUUUCUUUAAAGGGUGGUGUUACCAGUGCACCCCCAAGGAGAUGCCCUAGAUUCCUGGGGCUCUGUCCGCUGGCAGCUCAGGGAGAGGCGCACUGUCCCUGGUGGGAGGGACAAUAGGGAGUGAGAUGCCCCUCCCAGGGAGUUCAGGAAAGGGGAGGAGCCAUUUUUUUGAGUCUGUCUGGAGCCAGGCAGGGCAAGGGCAGCACUGGCUGUGCGGGGAGCUAAGGUGUCCCAGGCCAGGGUUCCCCCUGAGAACUGGCCUCUAGGGACCUGACAGCAGAUCCCUCAGCUGGGCUUUUCCUUCUCCACUGAUAAGUCCCAGUUUGUAGAGUUUUGCUGGGAAACUUCCCCAGCCAGGC